AUGCAACGCCUCCGCACCCGCCAGAUCCAUCUUCCCACCCUCAAACGCUCUCCUCGUAAACUCCCCUGGUUCCGCCAUCCUAACCCCGCUACCGAAUGCAGAAAGCGCAUCGAGGGUGUCGUGGAUGGUGGAGUGUCCGCCGUGGAUGUGCAGUUCGAGCGUGGGUUCGGAGGUGUAGCUGUGCGGGGCGGGGAAGUAGAUGACGCCGGAGGGGGAGUCGAUGAUCUCGUGGGUGGUGGGGUGGUGGAUGUUGCGCAGGACGAGUUUGUGCACAGGUGGAAGGCGCGUGUAGGGCCGGAGGGAGGUGGUGAGGCAGAGAGAGAAGUAGAGAUUGGGGACGAGAGGGCCGGAGAUGCGGAUGAUGGCGACGCCUGCUCGACCGGCGCCAGUGGCCAGAGCGAAGAUGGUAUCGUUGGUGGUGGGAUCCGAAGAAGGAGAAGCAGAGGUGCUGAGGUUGCGGUGGCUGUAUGGAUGCGAAGGAAUCGGUUGUGA